AUGUCAGUUUUUAAUGAAGAGAAAUUUAAAGAGGGACUUGUAUCUGAGCUGGCAUUGUUUGACCUUCCCAGCACACAAACUAGCGUGACUGAUGUUUACUACGAUGAAAUUAGACCUCUAUCGCAGGUGUCGGAUGAGAGUCCAUUCGAGUUUAAAAUCAGCGGACAGAAUUCAAUGGAUUAUCUAGACUUAAGAAAUUCGCAGAUCUAUGUGAGAUUGAAAGUAGAAAAAUCGGAUGGUACUGCUCUCACGGCUGAGAAAGUUGGACCCGCCAACUUGUUUCUUCAAGCGUUGUUUUCCACAACAGAGGUCACCCUACAAAACAAAGCCACCAUAACGUGUAACUACAACCCUUACAGAGCUUACAUACAGACAGUGCUAAAUUAUGGGAAGGAUGCGACAUCGAGCCAGCUGGAUACGCAGCUCUUUAACAUGGAUGAUGCGGACAGUCCAGACAGAGAUGAAGCAGCCGUCAUGCAAUACGUGACGCGUACUCAUCUACCUACCUAUAAUGCGUGA